AGGUUAAGAUAUCUGGAAAGCCAAGGGUAAUAGGGCAAUUCUGAGCCAAGAUUCGGAAUCAACGCAUGAAAAUAUAUCAAGUAUCUUAUGUCUGGUUUCAGGAAACACAAUGGCGCAACAAUCAAUGACUAUCUUAAUCAUAAUCACCUUCUUUUCAACAAGCAAAGGACUUAUUGGUUUCAAUUGCGGCUCAACGAACCCUACCAUUACAACAUACUCACUCUUGGAUGCAGAGGAAUGCAAUUUUCAAGAAAUUCAAGUAAAUAACACACAAGCCACUAUCGAACUAUUACAAAAAACGGAAUUCAAAUCAAUGAAAAUUAUACAAUGUAAAAUAGAAAUAAGGCGAACAAUUUUUCAUUGCGGUAUGUUUAGUCAUUUAGGCCCAACCGAAAAUGCAAUCCAAGAAUACAUUUACCAAAUAUCACACGACAACUGUAAAGCUAUACAUGAUACGGGUAUUUUUAAAUAUGAUAACGCACACACAAUAGCCGACCUAAGGAUUAACUCGACAAAAAGUGUAGGUUUAGAUCUAGCAGGAAACGUUAAGGGUAAAACUUGUUCAGGGGCAGCCUACGCCGACCGAUUUGGUACGUGGAGCGAUAUUCUCGUACAAGGACUUAUAAAAAUAACCUUGUUAGAAAGCUAUGCAGCAGUCGAAUUAAAUAAUGAUAGAUUAAGAUUAAAUUCGGGUACAGUAUGUAAGUUUUCGGACCAACAUUGUAUCGAUAUGGAAGGAGGUUACACCUUUUGGUCAUUACUACCGCACGAAGACUGUUUCAAAAAUCAAUACGAUAUACUGUAUAGGGGAACGGUCACUAAAAUAAGCUCACCCGAUCAUGAAACCAUUUUUAGCAUAAGUACGAACGAAGUAUCCUUUGCAUUGUCAACUAGAGGGAACAUGAGUUUUUGCAACAGAAUCUUAAUAACAACUGAACAUCCAAAACUUUUUAUAUAUGAACGAACCCAAUUCAAUAUUUUGUACGACAAUGAUAUUCAAACGAAGCAAGGGAUACUUAGCUAUGAUCUAUUCACGUACUUCAAUAGCAAAUUUGUGUACGUAGAAAAGCAUUUCAGGGUCGAAAUAAAAAGUCUCUAUAUAGAUAUAUUGCAACAAAAAUGUGAAUUGGAAAGGAAAAUCCUAUAUAACUCCUUAUCCCUGGCAUCCCUCUCACCAGAUGAAUUUGCGUACAAUAUCAUGGAGAAGCCCGGGUACAUAGCUCGCCUGGCAGGGGAAGCCGUACAUAUUAUACAAUGUACGCCUACAGAAGUUCAACUACUUCAUACAGACAAAUGUUUCUCGCAACUUCCAGUCAUUUCAAGAAACGAAACAUUUUACCUCACACCAAAAACACACAUCUUAAUGAAAACAGGAACAGAAAUAAACUGCAACACAAUCAUUCCCCAAUACUACAAAAUAGGAAACGAAUGGAUAAAUUUGACACCAACUCCGAGAAGAACAACCAACGCAGUUCUAACCUUGAAACCGACCACUAAAAUAACAUGGAAACCGACGGAACUAGAAUCAUUGGCAACCAGUGGGAUCUACUCCCAAGAAGACCUACAAAAACUACAAAAUCACAUCCUCUUUCCCAUGGAGAAAGCAUCACUCCUCAACGUGAUCGCGAGAAGUAUGCGAGGCGACGAAAGUGUAGAGGGAGGAUUAGUAUCAAACCUAAUACUGACAGAACAAACAUUAACCAACAUCGCUGGAAGCACAUGGAAUAAGUUCAUCACCAAACUAACUAAAUUUGGUUCUAUAAGUUCUGCCAUCAUAAUGACCGCCAUUAUAUUUCAAUGCGGUAAAAGUCUAAUAAUCAGAGGCUAUACUCUACACUCUAUAUAUGGAAUCUCUGCAUACUUGCUAGGAGCCAUAUUUAGUUCAAUAACACAAUUACUGGUGGCACUGAACAAACCGCUGCUCAAACAGAGAAACCAAACUCCGUCAAAAGAGGAAGAAUAUGCAUUGGAUGAAAUAGUAAUAGACAAACAAAAAAAUGAGAACCCACGAGCAAUAACCCCAUUCACGAACCAGACCUUAAACACCACAUCCCCCGUCCCUACUCCUAAAGAAAUUUCCACCAGAAAGAAGCAACAUAUCCCAAUUUUCACAUUAGAAUCACAUUAGUUAAAAACACAAAUCUGUUAUAUAUAUACAUAUCGAAUCCUGAAAUGAAGCUCUACUAUACCGUGAUACGGAGUAUUAUUGUCCGCGUAACAUUAAAAGUACUAUUAAAGUAAAAUUAAAGCGUAUUCAAUCGAUUGCCGAAUAACCAAGAGUAACGCACAUUUAUUUACUUAUUUAUUUAUUUAUUUAUUUCUCUCUCUCAUUUCUCUCUGUUUAUUUUGCGUUGAUAUCACACCGAUAUACAACGAUCUAGCCACGGAGGUGUUACGUCCCGAGACGUAACUAUUUCUUCAUUUUGAUUUCAUCAGCAAUCAAUUGAAAAACGAAAUAAUGUAUAAACAACGAACGGCAUUUUUACAAAAUACAAACUCAGCGAAAUUAAAAGAUGAGUAGUCCGAAAAUCUGGGGCGCCCGACAUUUUGAUUUUUUGAUUACUUAACACAUUAAUAUGGGCCGAAGAGUCAAUAUAAAAACAGAAGACUCGACUAUUCGGCAGUUGAUUCGCGACGCGCGACUACUCAAUAACAUUAAAAUUUGUUAAAGUUCUUACGGACUGAUUUGCGACGCGCGACAGCCGAACAACGUAUAAUUCACCUACUGUUAUUUUUGAGAAACUACUUCUG